GUCUGGUUGUAAUGGAAAUUGUGUUAUAACAGGAGGAGCAUGGCAUAUAAUUCUGUGACCUGGGGUCCUGACUUUUUUUGUGUUCAUGUAUUUAUCCAUCAGGAACCAGUGCCAGCGCCUCGCAUUUCCAGGCGUAUCUUCUGGAAGGACUGAUGCGCUGGAACGAGGACAGAAUGAAGGACUCUGUUCAAGCACACACUUCCAUGCGCACCUACGGCAGUGUUCUGCAGGAGGCCGUGGAUCGGCUCAGCCAAGCCGUUCUGGGAAAACGUUGGGAUGAGCAGUACCGCAGUCCUGGAGUCUACACAGGUGAAUUGUUGGCCAUGGAGUACCUGUACAGCCAGACUGGCAUAUCACUUACUCCAACGCUCCACAACCGAGGACCAGCUGGUGGAGGACAUUGAUGAUGAGGACAUUGAGGAUGAAGGCUUUGAGGAGGAGACAGAGGACAUCACAGUUCCUGUGCUGACUGACGAUGACCAUGACAUUGAAAGGAGGCCCUCAACCACAAGGCGUCGGGCACCUUCACCACCACCUCUACCAGAACUGCCGUCCACGUCCACGGGUGGAGGUCAGUGUCCAGUUGCUGCUGCCGCCGUUCCGUCCACGUCGGGUCAAGGACUGCACCCUGCUGCUACUGCUGCUGCCACUUCAGGGGCUCAGGGCGUCGUCGUUGGACCGGAUGGCAUUCCUGGGUGGGACAAAGUGCAAGAGCUGGCUGCUUACCUGGUGGACCUGCGAGAUGCCGCCUACCUCACUGAGCCAAGGCUAAGGUUUCAACAGCGGCUGAAAGGUCAGGAGAUGAGUACACUCACUCAGGGACUGACUCCAGCACCCCAAAUUCCCGUCGCCCCUGCCCAGCUUCCGCAGCCGCAGGAAAAACUGAUCGUCCCUCCUGCAUCAUCUGGGCAACGACAUGAAUUUGUGUUCCCCCCGAAUCUGGAGGGCCGGGCUCCUCUGCUACGCCAAGACCGUCCAAUUGCCCCCACCCCACCACCUGUUUUUCCUCUCCCUGCAACAUUAGGCACCAGUGCACUGCCAGUGCCAACUCCCUUCACAUUGGUACAGCUCCCAGCAAUGACUGUUCCUGCACCACCUGUUCCCUUUCUCCAGCUCCCAGCCACGACUUUGGCUGCCUCAACACCUGGUGCAGCCCCAUCUGUACCUGCGCCACCUCCGCCCGCUGGCCCGCCGCCUCCUCCCGCUGGCCCACCACCUCCUGUUUCACGGUACACAGAGAGGAACAGGCGUCGGCGAGCCACUGAAGAGGCCAGUGGUAGUGCGGAGAAAAGAAAAUAUGUAAGGGGUGCGACAUAUAACAUGUGUAGCCAAUGUGGCAAACCCAAGACUAAAGAGUAUGGGCAUAGUCGCUUUGGGAGCGCGACUUUCUGUUCCCAGGCCUCAGGUGGCAAGUCUGUUGAAGAGUGGUUGGAAGAACAGAGAGCUCAAAAGUAG